AUGCUGCUUACCGUGUUGCUUUCCCUCGUCCCGUUGGUGGCUGGCGCCGCCCAGUACUGCCAAUUCGAAGGCAGCCAUCAUCCUUUAACACUCUGUGCAGCAGUGAACAGCCACCAGAAUUCUACGACCUCUUCCACAGAUUGGAUCAUCACAUUUGGAUACCAAAGAGUACAGGACGCCGGGUGGGUGGCGCUCGGUAUUGGAAGUGGCAUGUAUGGCGCCCUCAUGUUUGUUACAUACGCCAACAAGUCAUCUCGAGACCUAGUUUUGAGUGUUCGCCGAGGCCUAGGUUACUAUGAACCGGAGCCAAUUGGCGCCGAACCACAAGUGGUCACCAAUGCCAUCUCUGUCAAUGGGAGUGGAUGGUUUGAAGUGACAUUUACUUGUUAUCAAUGUUCGGCUUGGUCAUCUGUUGCAUCGGACGGCUCUCCUCAGCCCUGGAUCUGGGCUGCGAAUGUCAACCAAGUGUUCAGUGAGACUUCAUUAGACUCUCCGAUGGAGAAGCAUGGCAUUUACGGCCAUUUCAGCCUUGAUAUCUCUGAAGCUCGCGGUGGUGAUUCGAGGUUACCACAUAUUGACUUCACUGCUGCGAAUGACGCUUCUAAUACGUCUGGAGCUGGCAGCAUGAGUCAAUGGCCGACUUCUCUGUUUGCUGUCCACGGCGCUCUCAUGAUGUUGUCGACAAUGGCAUUGUAUCCAUUUGGCGCAGUAAUGGUCAGCAAAGGUUUCAAAGGCCACGUAAUCCUCCAGGGGAUUGCUUCACUGCUUUGUGUUUUUGGAAUGCUACUGGCUAUUUAUGCAAUUCUUUCAAACCGAACAAUGGGGAUGCUCGUAAACCCGCAUGUUGUACUUGGUCUCAUCAUAAUGACAGCUGUGCCUGUGCAGAUUGCCUUGGGCUAUCUACACCACAGCCGAUAUCGAGCAGGAAUCAAAACACCCAAAACAACCUGUAGUCACAGAUGGAUUGGGCGUCUGGUCAUUGUCGGAGGGUGCAUCAACGCGAUGAUCGGCAUUCAUAUGGCCGAUAAAAGUACAAUACUCAUAGUAUUCACCUUGACUCUUUUUGUUAUCGACAUGGCUUUACUCAUUAUCGCGUCUCGAUCCAAGGUUUUGAAAAACGAGGAGGUCAAGGCAAAGUCAGUUGGGCAAGACGAGGACUCUCGCCCGUUUCUUGGCACAAACGAAGAUUAG